AAACAUCCGAAAUGUUUCCUGAAAGUAUCACAGUCCACAAACAGUCCUUUGUAAACAAAUUUUGCAACUCCCAUCAUUUCCCCGCCCCUAAAAUUCCUGCUCGCUUGUGAAGGGGCGACAUUUCUCAAGGAAGCUGAGAGGAAAGUUCCUACAACACUGGCGACAGACGCGCAACUUAUACCCAACUUUGCGCUGACAGCAUAAAAUUCACUCCGAAUCGCGACCUCACGAGUGUUUUGACGGAUACUCUGACAAAUACGUUAGUCGUUUGUGGAGUCAUUGAAGCGACUCUGCGCGUGACGGUUUACUAAAGACGCAGAUCGAGGCAUGGAAAUAAUGGAUAGCGGGGAAACGUUUUUACAAUGGGACAAAAAUCUCAGCGAAUUGUCCGAAUCCGGGGAAAACGACAUUUUAUACAGCACUCACUUCACCGAGCUGCUGGAUGAUCUGUCCCAAGAGGCUUUGCUGGGUCAGUUGUUAAGCGACCCGUUCCUGUCUGGCCGUGGAGAUGCUAUGGACACGGAGGAGGAUCUGACCCCUACAUCUCCAGUGCCCCCGCACAUUCAAGCCGAGCACAGUUACUCUCUGUGCGGAGACUCGCGCCCACAGUCGCCCCUGUCCCAUCUGCCUGGGGAGCCCGGCAGCGAUGCCGGUGAUUCAGACAAUGACGAGUGGCCCAUGGAGCAGGAGGAUAAAGGGAUGAAGAUGGAGCCUCUGCUGUGUGACCCGUCGCCCGUCCUGCUGCCCACCCUGACCCUCACUCUGACCCCCGAGGGUCCCGCCUCUGAGGCUGUGACUGACGCCCCGCUGAUCCCUCCGGCCGCACAGGUGAAGAAGGACAGCGAGAGUCUCAGCCCUCAGAUUAAACUGGAGCCACACGAGGUGGAUCAGUUCUUAAACCUCUCACCCAAAGGCCUGGAGUCUCUGCAGAUGCCGCCCACUCCUCCAAGCUCUCAUGGCAGUGACUCAGAGGGCAGUCAGAGUCCCGUUCACCCCUGUGCUCCCGCCAGUCCCACACAGACCCCCGCUGUCCUCAAGGUGGCGCCAAGAGCCCCGUCUUCCCUCUCUAGCUCUCCUCUGCUGACAGCAGCUCAUAAGCUGCAGGGCUCCGGGCCUCUCCUGCUGACGGAGGAGGAGAAACGCACGCUCAUUGCUGAGGGGUAUCCCGUGCCCACCAAACUGCCCCUGUCCAAAGCUGAGGAGAAAGCACUGAAGAAGAUCCGCAGAAAGAUCAAGAACAAGAUUUCAGCACAAGAAAGCCGCAGGAAAAAGAAAGAGUACAUGGAUGCUUUAGAGAAGAAGGUGGAGACCUGCUCCACCGAGAACAGUGAGUUACGCAGGAAAGUUGAAACACUGGAGUGCACCAACAAGUCUUUGCUGCAGCAGCUGCACUCGCUGCAGGCGGCGGUGGCAGGAAAGGUCCCGCGGUCCUGCAGGGUGACGGGCACCCAGACCUCCACAUGCCUCAUGGUGGUGGUUCUGUGUUUUUCGGUGUUCUUGGGGAGUUUCUACCAAGGCCUGAGUCCCUGUUCCUCCAUCACCAAAACAGACCUGAGCAGAGAGAUCUCCAUACAGGACUCAUACACCACUACAGUGAGGUCCCGGAACCUGUUGUCCAUUUCGGAGCACGGGGGUCUGGAUGAGCCUCAUCCUGUCGGGCUGGGUGGGGAUUAUCCUGAAUGGGACCGUCAGGCCGACGUAAUGGCAGCUUGGCGUUUAGAACAGCAGCACAAACUGGAGCAGGCGGAGCUUCGUCAAGCAGAGCCCCGCCCACUUAUACUAAACGCCAAUGAAACACGAGCGCAAAAGGCCAUUCUCAUAGACCUGCACUCACACAGGUCAGAUCAGUGGUCAAACGAGACGGCUAAAGUCAUACAGCUGGAGAGGACCGUCAACGAGACGUCCUGAGAUCCCUGCAGCGGCGGGCCAUAGGCUUCAUAUUUAUAGUAUUGUUUUACUUAGAUGUCCUUUUUUUUUAAAUAAACACAAAAACACAAAAAUGUAUUUUUAUUCCAUUCCAGCAGUAUAUCAAAUUUUGAUACUCAUGUACAACAUUUUCUUUUUUUAUAUGCUUUGAAUUUUUGUUUUAAUAUUCUUUCUUUUCCUUUCUUCGCCUAUUUGCCCCGUGCUACUGAGAUGGAGUAGUAAUAUAUUGAAUUUGCAUCUGUUUUUUCAUAUUCACAUGACAACGAUGUAGCACGUCAAUCAAAAUACAGUUCCAAAGAUUCAUAAAAAUAGUGCAAAGAUUCAAACUGUAUUAAGAUCGUAGACUAAAAGCUCUGUUUACAGUUUGAAGAUGGCGAAUUUCCAAAGCAUUUGUCUGAAUAUGUAAAUAUUUGCAGUAUCCUGUAUUGUAAGUGUGUUGGGAAAGAUAUGAAUCGAUGUGAUUGAUAUAAUGGAGAUGUUUGUGGCUGAGGGUGAUGAAAGCGGGACAAUAUGGACUUGACAUGAAAAAGACGGACGCUCUCUGUCCCUGAAGUCCCUCGUAUGAUGUUGCCCUCUUUAUUAAGGACAGAUGGCCCUUUUUGUCCUCAUCUGGCCACCAUCCAACCCCCGUCUGCGCUCUUGUGGGAGUAGAAGACGCUCGCUGACAAGUCUAGCGUUCUCUUGCUCUGAUAUGAACGAGUCCCGAGCGAUCUGCGUUCAGCCGUGCUGUGGACUCACUUGCACUGUGUCCCUGUAGAAUUGAUCUGUUAUUUAUUAUUUUUAGCAUGCCUGCCAUCCUUUUAUCCUGGAAACAAGAGCAUUUUGAAGGAGAUGAUUUUGUCCUGAUGCCAUGCAUUCAGAUGCAAAUGUUUGUCACGCAACAUCCGUGUUCAGAAAUGGUGUGCAUUUGUUAUGUAUUUGGCAUAACUAUAUUACACUUUCAUUGCAUCACAAUGCAAUCUCAGGCUCUUCCUGAAAUCACUCUGCCUUGUUUAUGUCCUGUUUUUUUCUGCGAGCAAAUAAAUAUUUUCCUUAGUAAAAGCA